AGACAUACCAUUGCGACAACCAAGUAUAUACGAGGCAAAUCCGCGGGGCGGAAAAGCACAGACCACCCGCCCCGAGAAAAAAGUUCCCCGAUCCAACAUCGGAGCGCAGAUCGAAUCGCGACGAAAACCAAAAAUUGUUUCUGUCUUUCUUCCCCCGCAACAUUGUAUAGCGUCUCUAUUGUACACAUAUACAGAUACAUACACAUACACACACACGCACAACCAUGACGACUCGGAAGCGGAACGAGUUCCUGGACAUUGAGUCUGAGGACGAAGCGGGCGAUGAUCGCGGCUACGACUCCGAGGCGGCGGAGGAAACGAAGGGGAGAGCGAGCAAUGCUGGGGGGAGAGCUUCGAAGAGGAGGAGAGUCUCUGAGGAUCACGGUGAAGAGGGCGAUUCUCAGGAUGAGGGGGGUAGUGACGAUGCUGGAAGUGAGGCGGAAGGAGAAGGAGAGGAUGAGGAAGAUGAAGAUGGGAACCAGAAAGCCACGGAGAAAACCUCGAAAUCCAAACAGAAGACAAAGUCAACAACAGAGCAAGAGGAAGUCGAUUACGAUGAUGCGCGUUCCAUAACGUCCCACGGCGCAUCAUCUACGACAUCAUCCAAGACGAAAUCCAAACUCCUCAAGCAGAAGAAGAACAAAACCGGCGUCAUCUAUCUCUCCUCUCUCCCACCGUACCUGAAGCCGUCCGCUUUGAAAUCCCUUCUCAUUGCCCGCGGAUUCGGUCCUAUUACGAAAGUCUUCCUCACUCCCGCCGUGCACUCAUCCUCGAGCGUGAAGAAGAGUAAUCGUCGCAAAACCUACACAGAUGGCUGGGUGGAAUUCGCGUCGAAGAAGACGGCCAAGAUCUGCGCCGAGACACUAAAUGCCAAUAUUGUCGGCGGGAAGAAGGGCGGUUGGUACCACGAUGAUGUGUGGAAUAUGAAGUAUCUGAAGGGCUUCAAGUGGGCGGACCUGAUGGAGCAGGUACAGCGGGAGCGCAGCGAGAGGGAAGCCAAACAGAGAAUUGAGGAUGCGAGAGCCCGUAAGGAAGAGAAGGCGUUCUUGGCUGGUGUGGAGAAGGGGAAGGUUGUUGAGGGUAUUCGGAAGAAGAAGGAAGAGAAGAAGAAGGCUAAGGCGGCGGAGAAUGGGGAUGCGCAGGAUGUACAGGACUUGCAGGUGCGGAGAGUCUUUCGGCAGAAUGAGGUUCGUGCGAAGGCGAAUCGGGAUGAGGGUGCGUUGGGAGAAGAUACGAAGAGGGUUUUGGGGAAGAUUUUUUGAGAAAAAGGCAGUCCCUUUUUGCUGCUAUUUCGUUUAUUGUUUUUGUGUGUUUGGUCUACGGAUAUCUACUACCAUGUGCAUAUGAGCGCGUAUUUCCAGAGGAACAAAAGCGAUU